AUAAAAUAUAAACAUGUGAUAAAUGCUAUUUACAUUAUGUGAAACAAAGGUUAUUGUGCGCGAGGUAAGAAUGUGAACAAAAAUCGGAAUUAAGUACAAAAACUGUUUGGAGAUGUUGGAGAAAAUGUGCCAAAAAACAAGUCUUAGCUUAACCAUCAUAUUCAUCAAUGUAGUUGUUUUUAUCCAAGGCCAGGGACCAAGCUGUACCGGACAAACUUUGGGGGAGGCGGCACCAAAUGGCGCAGCAACUACGGCCGGGUCUAAUUCAGGAACGUCAUAUCUUCUCCGUGGCGACAGUAUGGCUAUACCGUGCUGUGGGGUGGUUUCCGGUUUCAGUUUCGGCGCGGCAGCCAGCGGUGACGUCACUGCUCAGAUAUGGAAACCGGUUGGUGGAGACACGUAUGAAGUCGUGGGAGAAACUUUAUUCUCCGGAGUAACUGCUGGUUCCUCGCCUAGUGCAGCUCCAGCUGCUCCUAUAUCUGUUCAGCAGGGAUACUUGUUCGGAUGGUCUUCAACUGGACCUGAUGUUGUCGGAUUCGAGACAGACGCGUCGUAUACCAUGGGUAUUGUUAGCAGUGCCGGAAAAACCAACCUUGGAGCGCAGAACACGUGGUCAACUGCUCUCGUAGAUGGACAGCAAUGGCAUUUUGGUGUGACUCUAGGAGCAA